GGCACCUUCUCAUUGCUGGCUUUGCCUUGCAGGGCUUCUUCCGGCAGGGCCGAGGACUGUCCCCCUUCUUGGGCUGUGACAGGAGAAUGAAAGGCGGAAGGUGGCGUUACACUCAGCUGCCCACCCAGGUGGAGGAUACCCUGUCUGGGGAGGAGGACGAGGAGGAGGAGGAAGAGGAGGCAGUCCCAGCCCCAGUUCCUCAGGAACCCGUGGAGCCUCAGUUGACAGAAGCCAGCCAGGUCCUGGGUGCCUCAGAGAUUAGGCAGCUCAGUCUCCACCUGCCCGCCAGAGUCGCUGGCCAAUCCUGGAGUCUGGUCUUCUGCACAUCAAGGGACGGCUUCAGUCUGCGGAGGCUGUACCGGCAGAUGGAGGGUCACAGUGGGCCAGUGCUGCUGCUGUUGAGAGACCAGGAUGGGCAGAUGUUUGGAGCCUUCUCCUCCUCAGCCAUCCGACUCAGCAAAGGCUUCUAUGGUACUGGCGAGACAUUCCUCUUCUCCUUCUCCCCACAGCUAAAGGUCUUUAAGUGGACAGGAAGUAACUCUUUCUUCGUGAAAGGAGACCUGGACUCACUGAUGAUGGGCAGCGGAAGUGGCCAGUUCGGGCUAUGGUUGGAUGGAGACUUGUACCACGGGGGAAGCUACCCCUGUGCUACCUUCAACAAUGAAGUGCUGGCCCGGCAGGAACAAUUUUGUAUUGAGGAGCUGGAGGCCUGGACUCUGAGCUGACACCUCCCACGAUCAGAGAUGCUCGGAUCACUUUCGGAUGCUGCCCUGGCCUUCCUCACACCGGGCAGCCAUUUUGCCUGACUCAGGAUGGUGAAGAACCCUCAUGUGGACUGCAGCUCUCAGCUGGCCUCUUUGUGGCCAGAAAACACAGGUCAGGCACAGGGGCAGCCACUGUUCUCCAGCAGAGUUGACUGUGAAGGUGUGAAAGACACUCUUACUGAAGAAGCAUGACAUUUGUCUUUUAGGAUUUGAUAAUUUCUAGAGAACUCAGAAGACCAAACAAAUAAACAAAAACCCAAAACAGACAACAUCAAUAACAUAACAUUUCCAUCCUUCCAAACAAGUAGGGUAUGUAUACAAGCAUGUGCGUGCCCAUAUCGCGUGUGUGCCCGUACACACACACACACGCUUCAAUUUUGUAUGUUUUAGAGAUUACUUUUACGGGAAUGCUCUCAAACCUCAGAAACCUGGGCUCAGCUACUAGAAACUAAUAAAGAACAGGAGCAUCGUUUCA